UUAACUGAAUCACAUACAUUUGAGACUGAAUGUAUCAUUUUGAAAUUGAAUUCAAUUGCUCUGACAGUAUGUAAAUGAUCCUCACUCACAGACAAUCCCACUGUCUCCCACUGUUGUUAUUUUUGUUUCGCUUUGGACAAAAGUGUAUCCUACAACCAUAACCAUAACACCUGCAGCCACGCCUGGUGGAGCUGCCUCAUUGGUUCCUCUGGCCUGUAGCUCAGCUGAUGCACACUCCUGUAUCGAAAGCAAAAGGCUGUCACCAUCAUAACACUGUGUAGACAUACAGCUGACAGGCAUAGUUGGAUGUGCAUGUCUUGGAAACUUGAUAUUUUACAGCAAGGUCCUAUUUCGUGGCUGCAGUGAAGACAGUUGGACUCCGCUGGUUUUUAUAGGAAGCAUAUCCGAGAGAGAGAACCAUGAGCGGAUGUCCGUACCAGAAGAGAGAUGUAGAGAAGAAUGAGGCGGAGGGGGAAGAAGGAGUCAUCUAUGGAAAAUACCUGCAGCUGGAUAAGAUUGUGGAUGCUCAAUCUCUCCUGAGUGAAUCGAAAGGCAACAAGAUUCAUGAUGAGCACCUAUUCAUAGUUACCCACCAAGCAUAUGAGUUAUGGUUUAAGCAGAUCUUAUGGGAGCUGGACUCAGUGAGGGAUAUCCUCAUGAGUGGAGAUGUGCAAAAUGGACGUAACAUGUUGACGGUGCUCAGACGCACCAACAGAAUGAUCACAAUCUUCAAACUCCUGGUGGAACAGUUUUCCAUUCUGGAGACUAUGACUGCUAUGGACUUCUUUGACUUCAGGCAGUACCUCUCUCCAGCCUCUGGCUUCCAAAGCUUGCAGUUCCGUCUCCUGGAGAUCAAGUUUGGCGUGGCCGAUGACCGACGGGUUCCCUACAACCGGCAGCACUACCGGAAGAGCUUCAAUGACCAGGAGAGCGAGAAGCUCCUCCACUCUGAGAAAGAGCCCACACUGCUGCAGGCAGUGGAGCGAUGGCUGGAAGGCCUUGAGGAAAAAGGAUUUAACUUCUGGGGAAAACUGCAGGCCAACAUCAAUGAGGAACUGAAGAAGAAGGGAGAAAAAAUAGAGAUGAGUGCAGAGGACAAAGAGGAACAAAGGAAGGAUUUGACGAAGGAGAAAGAACUGUUUGCAUCCCUGUUUGAUGAGCAAAGACAUGAAGACCUGCUGUCUAAAGGUGAGCGGCGGCUCUCAUAUAAAGCUUUGCAGGGGGCUCUCAUGAUCUACUUCUACAGAGAGGAGCCUCGCUUCCAGGUGCCGUUCCAGCUGCUGACCUCUCUGAUGGACAUUGACGCCCUGAUGUCCAAAUGGAGAUACCACCAUGUGUGCAUGGUGCACAGGAUGAUUGGCAGUAAGAUGGGAACAGGUGGCUCCUCUGGGGUUCAUUACUUGCGUUCCACCAUAAGUGACCGUUAUAGGGUGUUUGUGGACCUGUGUAACCUAGCAACCUUCCUGGUGCCGCGCCACUGGGUGCCCGAGCUCACCUCCUGUGACAGCUCCAACUGCAGCAAUAAUACACUGUAAAACCUACCGUAAUUACCCAACUAACCAUAUACAUUGACAUUGAUCUGCUAUAAAACCUAUUUCCUAACUACUAACCGCAGCUUAUACAUUUAUUUUGCUAGAUUUGAGGUUAAUACAUGGGUGCUGCUAAUAUGGUAUCAAUAUGAUUUUGUUUCUUUUAACUUGCAUAAAAUACUGUCCUGUGGCUUAUAGACAAUGUGGUUAAUACUAAUGAAAUGACUGUAACAGUGUAUCUUACUAGUUUUAAUUAAGUUAACAGUAACUAAAAACAGCAGAUAUUUGAAAUGACUAAAGAGACUGGUUGUGAGAUUUUUAUUUUAUCCACAUUUGAGUAGAACAUAAUUGAUUGCAAUGAGUGAAUUUCUUUGCAUACGUCAUCUGUUUGUCAACCAAUCAGAUUGCCAAUAUUAGAGCUUCUGAGGAGAAAUACUCCAACAUGGCGGCCAUCUUGAAAGAAAAAUGACAUAUUAUAAUGUGUGUGUGUAGUAUUUGAAGAUCAGCUAUUUAUGAUUACAUUUCGAUUCAUGUGAUGAGAGACAUCUAUUGACAUUAGUCCAUAAAUCCUGUUAUUAUGACAACAAUGUUUGUACACAAUAACGAGUGAAUAUAUUGAAUAAAAUCUA